CCUCUCGCCAUGCUUCCUGCCCAGGAGGCAGCCAAAAUCUACCACACCAACUAUGUGCGUAACGCCCGAGCCAUGGGGGUUCUUUGGAUCGUUUUCACCGUCACCUUCGCCGUCAUCACCGUGGUGGUGUUCAUCCAGCCCUACUGGAUCGGCGACAGCGUCAACACGCCGCAGGCCGGAUACUUCGGCCUCUUCCACUACUGCAUCGGGAACGCGCUCACCUCAGAGCUCACCUGCAAAGGGAGCGCGCUGGACUUUGGCUCCAUCCCGUCGGGCGCCUUCAAGACGGCCAUGUUCUUCGUGGGGAUUUCCAUGCUGCUGGUGGUGGGCAGCAUCGUCUGCCUCAGCCUCUUCUUCUUCUGCAACGCAGGGAGCGUCUAUAAGAUCUGUGCCUGGAUGCAGCUGGCUUCCUGUACAUGCAUGAUGAUCGGCUGCAUGAUCUAUCCUGACGGCUGGGACUCGGAGGAGGUGAAGCGCAUGUGUGGCCAGCGGACUGACAAAUACACUCUGGGCAACUGCACAGUGCGCUGGGCCUACAUCCUGGCCAUCAUCAGUAUCAUGGACUCCCUCAUACUCUCCUUCCUGGCCUUCAGCCUGGGCAGCAGACAGGACAAGCUGCUGCCUGAAGAUUUCCAGGUGGAGGAAAAAGGUGACCAGGGGGAAGGGAGGGUGGAGAACUACUGA